AAAAACAAUCAAAAGAAAGCAAUAAAAUGUCAUCCAAUAAAGAAGAAGCAGGGGAGAGAGAGAUAGAAUUACUGCAGGAAAGAGGUAUGUGUCCAUAUACUGAGGAAGGGAAAAAUGGUCGUGUACCCGGUUUUGUUAAGAGGGUACACUGUGCCUCGCUGUCUCGCAUGUGAAGAAGUUGUGGCUUUCUCUUCUCUCUCUUACAUGCACCAACUAUAAUCCCCAAACCCCAACUGGCAAUUUUUCUCCAUUCUUAAUUUCCUCUCUUCCUCCUUUCACUCACCACAAAGUUUUAUUUACUCUUUCUCAUUACAAAAAAUAUUACCAAAAUGAACGUUUUGGCUUCAGAAUGCACCAGUGGCUGUGAGUCUGGGUGGACUCUCUACUUAGAGCAAUCUAAUUUUGCUUCACAUAGGAAUACUAAUAAGUUUGUUGAUGGUAAGGCUGGUUUUUCUGAACAAGAUUUUCAACGUUGUGAUGAUGAUGAAGAGGAAAGUUUAUCUAUGGUUUCUGAUGCGUCUUCUGGACCUCCAACUUUCCAUGAAGAUGAUGUGUGUUUCAAUGAUGUUGAUAGAUACCACCAGCAACACCCUCCUUCUUCCAAGGCUACAACUCCACGAGUGGCCAAUGGUAGUGGGAAAAUAAGGCUGAAAAAGAAAGAAAAAAGAAGCCGCGAAAAACAAGAACUUCUGCCUUCUUUUCUUGACGACACUGCUAGUUCUCCAGUCAUCAACUUCUCCUCCAAGAAUAAUUUUGGUGCUGUAAACAACAAUCAGGCAUCAAUGGAGAGUGUCUUAGAUUAUUCUCAAGGGUACUCUGCAACUGACUUUCAGGGGAGAUCUGCAUUUCAAGACCCUUUUGCUUUCUUGCAAUCUCCUCACUCUGGAAACCAUGUUCAAAAUAACCAGUGGUUAUAAAGGGUAAUUAAGAGGAAUGAUGGAGAUGAGAUAAGGAUGAUUUCCAUCAGUUGCUGCUCUUCCUGCUGCAUGCUAUUGCAGAAAUGUUGGUGUUGAAGUUGCACUAAAAGAGAUGGUUUAGAGAGUUAGUUGUCAAAUUAAAAACUCAAAAGCAAAUGGAUGUCAUCAAAUUAAGAGGAUCUUGUUGCUUCCUCUUUUUCUUUUUCAAGUUUUCCUAAUUUUACCUGUCAAUGCAGUGGGAAACAACCAACGAUGAUGAGAGCAAAAGUUAGAGAUAAAUUUCUUGUUUUCAAAAUUAAAUUAUCUUGUCAAUGAAUAGUGGGUGCAAAUGAGCUGAAUUUUGUCCUUUAGGCCGCCUCUUGUGCAAUUAUGCACAGUCCUCCUUUUUUAAUGGAGCCCCAUGCCCUCUUUAUUUCACCACCACUAGCUUUCUCUCCUACUCUUAUCAUAAAUAACCAGUACAGCAGCCUCAUUAUAAAAUCAAGCAUAUGAAAGCCAUUUGCCUCUUAAAGCCAAGGAGCAAACAAAUAAUAAGCAACUGAUGCAUAAUACAAUUAAUGUAAUCAUUCAGUAAUGCACAUUAACAAAUGCAUACAAUUCUUUAACUCAUAAAUCUAAUUAUUUUAUAUACAAAAGAAG